AUGGAAAACAGUAGUAGUAAGAAAGAGGUGGCGUUGCGGUUGAGAGCGGCAGUGGAGGAGGCGGUGCAGUGUAUUGGUUUGGGCUACGAUUUGACGCUGGACCUUCGGUUGAGGUACUGUAAGAAGGAAGUUACCAAAGAGGGCUUGAGGCUGAUUGACAUUGACGAUAAUCAGGUCCGGGAUAUCACGAUUCCUGGGGGUAUUUUGGUCCAGAACGUACCCCACUCUAUCAACUGUGAUAAAGGCGAGCGAUUGCGAUUCAGCUCAGAUGUGUUGUCUUUCGAGCAGAUGUCGCAACAGUUCAACCAGGAAUUAUCACUUUCAAGUAGAAUUCCAACAGGCCAUUUUAAUACAGCUUUUGAGUUUACGGGAUGUUGGCAGAAGGAUGCCGCCUUCACAAAGUCUCUUGCUUUUGAGGGGGUAUUCAUGACUCUCUACAGCAUUGCAUUAGAUAAGUACCAAGUAGAAAUGUGUGAUCGUGUGAAACAAGCAGUUCCAUCAUAUUGGGAUCCAGCUGCAUUGGUAAGGUUUAUCAAGAAAUAUGGCACCCACGUCAUUGUUGGAAUCAAGAUAGGAGGAAAGGAUGUUGUAUACGCAAAGCAGCAUCAUUCAUCGCUGCUUAAGUCUACUGAUGUACAGAAAAUAUUAAAGGAUGUGGCAGAUAAGAGAUUCAGCGAUGUAGGUGGCGACUCUGGCAGCCACCCCGAGAAACAUGAGAGCAAUGAACGGGGACUGACCCUCUUGGAUCUCGGUACGCCAAGUUUCCACUCUAACCAAGAGGGUGUCACAUUCUUCUGGAGAAGGUUAGGUGGAAGCAUCAGUCGUAAUAUACGUCAUAAUAAGUGGUGUCAAACUGUUCAGCUUGAGCCUGAAGUGAUCUCCAUGUCCUUCAUUCCAAUUUCAUCAUUGUUGAGUAGUGGAUUCUUGAGCUAUGCCAUCAACAUGUACCUACGCUAUCAACCUCCAAUCGAAGAACUUCGUCAAUUUCUGGAAUUUCAACUUCCAAGGACAUGGGCACCGGUAUAUGGUGACAUUCCCAUUGGUCCUGACAGAAAACUGGAAAUUGGUGAAACUUUGCAGUUCAGUUUAAUGGGUCCGAAGCUUUAUGUUAAUGCUAAUCAGGUGGAUGCUGGAAAUAUGCCAGUAACUGGCAUGCGACUGUAUUUGGAAGGUAGAAGAAGUGAUCGCUUGGCAAUCCAUUUGCAGCACCUUUCCUCGUGGCCACAAAGUUUUCAACUUCAUAAGCAAUCGGUUGGAAACUGUAACUCCUUUUAUGCCCGGCAGUAUUAUGGGAAGGUCCAGUGGAAGAACUUUUCAAAUGUAUGCACUGCCCCUGUUGAGUCUGAUGAUGAUCUCUCUAUAGUUACUGGAGCACAAUUUUACGUUAGAAAAUCAGUUAUGGGAAACACCCUCUUUUUACGCCUCCAUUUCUCCAGAGUUGCUGGUGCAACAGUCAUCCAAAAACCUGAGUGGGAUGGUCCUCCUAAUUUCACGCAAACGUCUGGAAUGAUUAGUUUCGUUGGCACUCUUUUCUCCAGUGCACAGAAACCUCCUCCAAAGCCAUCUGAUGUUAACAUCAACUCUGCUCUAUAUCCAGAAGGUCCUCCAAUGCCUGUAGCAGCUGGUAAACUCUUGAGGUUUGUUGACACCAGAGAGAUGACAAGAGGAUCACAGGACCAGCCUGGGUACUGGGUAGCGUCCGGGGCUAGGCUUAUGGUCGACAAAGGUAAAAUAUCUCUUCGUGUCAAGUUCUCUCUUUUAGCUGUGAUUUUGCAAAAUUAA